UCUGCGCAUGUGCCCUUCGGUUCUCUACCUGGGGGCUCUUGCCGGUUCUCCAGGCUUUUCCGGGGGUGAGCACUGCAGUCUCUAGAACUCCUCAUUUCGGCGUCACCUGGCCAGCCCUGGGAUCACCAUUCUUGGCUCUUUCUCAAGAACAUCCAAAAAUGAACAAAUCCCAGUGGCUAUACCACAGAUGGGCAUUAGAUGCUGAGCUAAUGUAAGCACUUCCUAAGACCUUUCUCAUGGGAGAGAGACAAAAGUUAGCUAAUGUGUGUCCCUGAAGCUUCCAGCAGCCACGUUAAGAAAACAGCAAUUGCAGUAGCAGGGGAAAUGCAGAGCUUCUCGCGGCAGAUCACUGUGGAGCCUCCCAGGGUACGCGUCGUUCAGUGACGAGGUCCCGCAUGAAGGAUGUGCACUGCAGCUCUGCCUUCACAGUUCUCUAUCCUUUUCCAGGAGCAGGAGAAAAUGAACAUAUCCCGGGGGUCGGUGUUGUUUGAGGACGUAGCUGUGAACUUCACCCCGAAGGAGUGGCAGCUGCUGGACUCUGCUCAGAGGCACCUGUACAGGGACGUCAUGCUGGAGAACUACGGACACCUGGUGUCCCUGGGGCACCGUGUUACCACACCUGAGCUGAUCCUCAAGUUGGAGCAAGGAGAAGAACCGUGGGUCUUAAAGAGAGCACUCCCAAGUCAGAGCCACCCAGGUCCUGGCAGGCCUGUCGGUAUUUUCCUUGCUGGCUCACUGAGGCACGCAGUCAGCUGCUGGGGGGUCUACAGCAGGUGCCACUUCAUCGUUUAA